UGACCUUCUUGUUGAGACCUGUGGGCAUUCUGUGCCUGUCUUCAGGGUUAUUGGUAAUGGCUCAAUUUGGAGGAGACCUCUCACCCAGGAUGAAUCAAGCUUACCUGACUCCCUUCCACAUAAAGAAUCGCAAUGUGGGUCUGAAAGUUGAAGGUUCAAGCUUCACACUAGAUGGCUCUCCUUUCCUGAUCAUAGCAGGCACUAUUCACUAUUUCCGGGUGCCCAGGGAGUACUGGAGGGACCGCUUGCUGAAGCUGAAGGCCUGUGGCUUCAACACUCUUACCACGCAUAUUCCCUGGAACCUUCACGAGCCAAGAAAGGGCUGGUUUUAUUUUACUGCAAACCUGGAUUUCAUGACUUUUAUAUCCAUUGUUUCAGAGGUGGGGCUGUGGGUCAUUCUGUGUCCAGGCCCCUAUAUUGGUAGCGACUUAGACCUUGGAGGCUUGCCUAGCUGGUUACUCCAGGAUCCAAAAAUGAAGCUGAGAACAACUUACAAGGGCUUCACUAAAGCAAUGAACCACUAUUUUGAUGAGCUUAUUCCCAAGAUAGUACCACUCCAGUACGGAAAGGGAGGCCCCAUCAUUGCUGUGCAGGUUGAGAAUGAAUAUGGUUCAUAUCAUCGGGAUAAAAGAUACAUGUCCUAUAUUAAAAAGGCCCUGGUCACAAGAGGGAUCAAGGUGCUGCUUAUGACUGCUGAUGAUGGAAAAGAACUGAAAAGAGGCCACUUAAAACAUGUACUUUCCACUCUCCACAUGAAAAAUAUAAAGAAAGAAACUUAUGAUACAUUCUUUUCAAUACAGGGUCAUACCCCCAUACUGAUGAUGGUGUAUACAGCAAGCUCUUUGGAUGGAUGGGGUGCUGUCCACAAUACUUUGGACUCACAUAUGUUAAUGAAAGAGAUACGUGAUAUGUUCAACUACAGUUUCUCCCUCAACUUCUAUAUGUUCCAUGGUGGCACCAACUUCGGCUUCAUGGGUGGAUCUGCAGUUUUGGACAAUUACCUCCCUAUGAUCACAAGCUAUGGGUAUGGGGCACUGCUAACAGAGAAUGGAGAAUAUACAUCUGAGUACCUCGUAUUUCAAGAGUUUUUUACCUCUUCUUUUGGGGUUCCCAUGCCUCAGCGACCAGAUUUAAUACCUAAGGCAAUAUAUAAGUCACUGCUAACACCAUACUACAUUUCACUGUGGGAUGUCAUACCCUACCUAAAGGAGGCCAUCAGCUCUGUCAAGCCCAUUUGCAUGGAGAAGCUGUCUGUGAACCAGGGGAAUGGUCAGUCCUCUGGGUACAUACUUUAUGAGGUUAUGAUCUCCACUGGUGGCCUCCUUACCACAAAGAAUCAUGUUCAAGACCGAGGUCAGGUGUUUUUGAAUGAGAAUUAUCUAGGGGUCCUGGACCAUUUCACUAACCAGCUGACUAUUCCCACCAAAAUGGACUACAAGGAUAUCCCAACACUGAGGAUCCUGGUGGAGAAUCAAGGCCGCCUUGCCUAUGGGCAGGACAUCAAUAAGGAGAGAAAAGGAUUAAUUGGGGAUAUAUAUCUGAACAAUUCUCCAUUAAGAAGAUUUAAAAUCUACAGCCUGGAUAUGAAAACUAAAUUUCUAAAAAGGGACCUUCCUAACAUUUGGAAACCAGUCUCAUUCAAACCUCGGGGCCCUGCCUUCUCCCUUGGUAUCCUGCGAAUGGGUAAUUACCCCAAAGACACCUUCAUAAAAAUGGAGGGUUGGACGAAAGGUGUAAUAUUCAUCAAUGGACGAAAUCUGGGGCGCUACUGGAAUAUAGGUCCCCAGGAGGCCCUUUACCUUCCAGGACCCUGGCUUCAUCCUGGAUCAAAUGAGAUCAUUGUGUUUGAAGAAUUUAGACCUGGCCAAGAGAUCCGGUUCACAAACAUAUCUCAUCUAGGUAUGGUAUUCUGGAGGGUAAAUUUACACCCUCUGAGAUCAUCCUUCUGGAUCUUUCUAGCUGAGCUAGAGAUAAAGAAGGCAGAAUUUACUAUCUUCCAGGAACCUGAACUCUUCCUCAUUGCCUUUGCAUGAUAGACAGCUUUUCUCUUAUACCUGGCAUAGUCUGCUCAUCACUUCCUGUUUCCAAAUUCCUGACUAGCUGACUCCUCUAACAGUCUUAACCCAACUCCCUGGGCCUCCCUUUCUUCUACACAUUUCCACAGUGCUUUCUGGAUGCCUGCCUCAUAGUAAACCAAGGUCCCAAUGUUUUCUAUUUCUUGCCUUUUCUGAAAUAUGUUUCCUAUUACUCUCUCUUAUGCUACCAUGUUUGGUCAUUCCAAGGCACUUUUCAUAGUACUGCUUCUCAGGUUGCCACAGGGAGGGAACACACAGCCCAGUCACCACGACUAAGAAGGCUGCAGACCCUCUGUGCUUGCCCAUAGUGGAUGAUUGGUGCCUGUGUGCCCAGCCUCCCUGAUCCUUUUGUUGAUAGCAGGGUCCUGAUAUUCUUUUGGAGAAUCAUCCAUGCUCCCUUCAUUAGAGUCUUUGUGGGACUGAUAAUCAACCUGCCCUUCAUCCCCACCUGCAACUGUCCUUCCCUGCCAAGGGUGGGCAUAUGAUAUACAGGAGACCAAUCAGAUUUUAUUUUCCAGGAUAUUGAAUCUUGAGUGGUGUGACAUAAAGUAGGAAAUUGUGAUGAGUUCCAUCCCCGGGGAUGUGAGUAACCUACCCAUCCUGACACCUUGGUUGCUGGAACUAACCUGUCUUCUCAACUUACCCCAAUUUCUGCUUUGGGCCCACCAUCCACUUCCUAACUUGCCAGUACAUUUCUUUUUUGGCAUAGGUUAGGUAACCUUUUUCUGAUGCUUAUA